AGUGGAAACUUGAUAACGACGAUGUCGGGUGGAUGGUUUUUGCGGUGAUGCGAACGAUUUUAUCAGGUUCCCUCUGUGUCCACCGCGGUCUUCGAAGAACCUUAGAAGGAAGGUAGAUGUUGUUUGGGGUUGGAACGUAGUCGACGAAGUCGAAGCCGAUUACCUCGUAAGGGAGGAAGCCUACCUAUAUUUAGAACCAAGUGGUUCCUUUUUCGAUUCCCGUCGUCGUUUUUUGGCUGUCUUCGGUCUUCAGUGAAAAGUAAGCCGGAAGAAGGCGCUGCCUGCCUUCCCGGCUAAUCAAACUGACAGCCGCCCUUGGGCGGCCAUCAUUUAAUUGUUAUUCUUCGAUUUGCCGAAUGUGGACGUUCUCGGCAAGUCACGUGCUGAUUUCUGUUUGCUGUCGGCGCUAAGGAGAACUUUGACGGAAUGGCAUCGAUGGAUGGAUGGGCCAGAAGUUCGGUUUUGUCUUUGGCUGACUGGAGAACGACUGACAGGUCGAGCUGCGCCCCGUGUGUUUGUGUUUGUGGAUGACGGAACUGUAAAAAUUCUUAUCGGCACCACCAUCCAAAGAAGCUAGACGACGAUAGCGACUCGAUUUCACGGAGAAGGAACAGGAAAACGGGAGGAGUUGGAGCCGGAAGCGGCGCAGAAUGGGCGUUACUCUGAGAAAUUACAGAUUAAUCUAGUGUACGGGCCAAAACUAGCAUUUGGGCCAUCUGGUUCCACACCGUCGAAACGUUAUUAGAUUUCGUUCGGAGGGGCAAAUCCUGCCCCGUGGUCAGUGCUCUAACGGUGGUUGAUCCAGCAGUGUUCAAAUCGCUUAGCACGUGGCGGAUGAGGAAAGAAAAAGCGGGGGUUGUGAUUUUCAAGUGGCAAAUCGUGCAUCAUUUAAUCAAGCACGCUAAACGCUCAUCAAGUACGCGGCGCGCACACAUAUGCUAGGGAGGCCAAUUCGCGCGGAUUUGGUGUGUGCGCGAGCGUGAAGGCAAAUGGGGCAAAAGCUGUUGCGGGAGCAGGAUCGCCAAUGUAAUGAAUUGCGCGGACCACCGACGAAAAUCUGCAAAAUUUCGCCUAGAUAGCCCGGUUUGCGGUGGUGGGUGCAGUUUGUGCGCGCUUCUAGCCGUCGAAGGGUGUCGUCCCAGUCACCGCGUCGCGUUUUGCGUCAUCGCGUCGUCAGGAUUUGAGACAAGACAGUGUGUAUAAUCAGUAGUGCACGCGAGCCGAUGAUGAUGCACCAUAAACAAAACAAUUCUGCUGUCAAAAUUUAACAAAUGCCGCAGGGAUUUAGUCGCGCGUAGGCAAAUGACAGUGCGCAAAUCGUCUUUUUUUUUCGUUUUUCUCAUUCGGUCGGUGAUAAAAUAAUCCUUCAAGCAGAUCGCGCACCGCGGUAUUGAGAGCGCAAAUCGGACACGUGUAUCGCUGUGUGAGUCGGGAACCGGGAGUAAUUUUGCCGCUGUGUUUGGAGAGAUAGGGAAGAUUGUUGUUUGUUGAUUCAUUUGCGCGCUAGCUAGCUACCGUGAGCUGGCAAUUUAUACUGCACGGCAGCACACAUAUGCUUAAGUAAUUUAGCGGGACGCGAUUCUCACGAGGCAGCAGCGGCGCUCACUUCACAAAAUUAGUGCUCGAGUAUCAAUUGCGAAUGGUGGUUGGUUCUCGUGGGGAAUCUCGAGAGUAGGCGAGAUUUGCACACUGAUUAAAUUUCGGGAGGAAGUCUCUUGGAAGAUUCGGUCCGGCCAUGAAGUGCACCUCCUGCGUUAGUGCUAGUCGGGCAAAAAGCGACGAAGACGAGGAAGAUGAAGCAGCGACUGCCGGAUCGCAACAGCCAGUCGCAUCGAGUCCGGUGAGGGCCAUGGAUAAACUUGUGGAAGAGGAAAACUAUCGGGUUGAAUCGCCUCCCCCUCCACUUCCGGAUCGACCCUCUCUUGCGGCACGAAAACAACAAGAGCAACACGUUUCGAUCGUAGAAGUGCCGGCAGAUUUCCGAGGAGAACCUUCACGGAUCUACGAAAUCAGUCUGGAAAAACAGCACAGUCCCAGUCCGAGUUCAAGCAGUAGUUCGCACCUGCUCAGACCACCUCUGGACGUCAUCACGGAAGAGAACAGUGAUGUUAGUGAUUCGGAAAACCGAACAACUCCAAAGCCGGAUCUUUGCUUCCCGCGGCCGAAACCACGCUUCAAAAAGGCCAAAUCACGUAAUUUGCUGAAAAAUCUAUUUCAAGUCAAACAAGAACCAACCACUUGCGUUCUGGUGGACGCCAAAAUUUCUGAAUCAUCGCCGGAGGAAUAUAGGAGCAUUUGUACAACCGAGGUUGUCCCGGAAGAAAUUCUGGAGGUCGAAGUGAUAGACCUCGGUUCCAACUCCAGCAGCCUUGAAGAUCUAACCGACCUUGAUGGUGGUGAAGACGUCGCCUCAAAGCAUCACCACAUUGCCGACAUCGAUGAAGAUAAGAUAAUCAAUAGUGACAACAGGAAUGACAGCAACAACAACGAAGAUCAAAGUGCCAAAUUCGUGCAACGACAGACCGAAGAAAAGCAAAAGGAUGAUAAUGGUAAUGAUAAUCAAGCGGCCAUCACCCUAACAACAAAAACAACUGUAGCAACCACGGCAGACGACGCCAGCGACGUCACACCAAAUGUUGAAGGGAGCGACGAUGAUGGCGCCGAGACACCAACGCCGCCGCCUUUUCCACCGCGUCCCAGAAGGCCCCGAGAGAAAACCCCAUCAAUAGAAGCAACAAGCGUCGCCGUGGAGGAAGUGCUAAGUGAGGAAGACAACAACGGCUACGAAUUGGACGACGAUCGCGAUUACGAUCAACAUGAGGGAGAAAACAAAACAAAUGAAAACUUUAGGCAGCCUCCGGCUGAUUUGGCGGCAUCGCAAAUCGAUGAUGAUGUUGAUGAUUCCGAAGAGGGCGAUGAUUCUGUUUUUCUCGAUGACGAUGACGAGGACGCUGACUACGUUGAUGAUCGUGAAGAUGAUGAUGACCGCCCAGAAUCCGCCGAGGAUCGUGACGACGAGGAAAACGACCAAAACGACGACGACGACGGCAGUCUACUCGCGGUUGUUGGUCGUGCUAGCGUCGUGACGCAGUCGUUGCAGCGCGAUGUCAAUAAGGUCCCCGAUUUGGACUCGGAUUCGGAUCGAAAAAGAAUAACAAGUGACGAAGAGCAAAGUUCGAUUGAUUGUGCUGCUGUGACUCAUCAGCGACGAUCGGAAAACGGGGAUCCCUGUGUUGUGAUUGAAUCAGGUGGUGACGACGAGGAUAUGUCAGGGCCGGCCCCAGCAAUUCCGAUGCCUCCGCCGCCGGCGGCUCUAAAGGCGGCCGGUAUUCAUGUUGCAUCUAGUCAGCCGCCGGACAGUGAAACUGCUGCCGCCGUGACUAAUCUGGGUCAGGACGACGAACGUCGUCGUGAACAAACGUCUCCCACCGAUAGUGCAGGCAGCGAAAAUGCUCAAAUUCAUAGUGGCAGUGAUACUGGUGAAGUUGAUCAUGCAGAUGUUGAUCCGGUUAGUGAAAAAGAUAGUGGCGAUGCAGUAGCCCCGGUCCCGAGACAAGAAUCCUCGAGUGUGUUGCUGAAAAUCUUGCAAGACCGGCAGCAGCAGGUCAGUGUGGAAAAUUGUCCUACUUUUGACGAGCAACAUCCGACGGACCAGCAAAUUUUCCCGAGUGCGACUGCUGUGGCGGCAGCGUGGCCAAAAAUAGACCACGCGGUAAAAAGUGAACAGUUAAAUUAUGAAAUCGUUCAAGAUCAUCGCCGCGUGUUGAGAGAAGAAACGGUAACUACCUCGACGUCGACGUCGUCGAGUGACCAAAGUGAAGUAAUCCUACGCCGUCAGCCAAAUCGUCCAAACGAGCCGUCAUCCACUAGCGGUAAGGAACCAUCACCGGAACAAAAAGCUGCCCUGGUGCACGAUUUGCGUAACGAAAUUAGCCGCAUCAAGGACGCCGAGCUGCAGGAAGAGUUUCGCAAGCUCGAACUCGAAGCAGCUCGAAUCGAGGAAGAGCUCGGCAAAAUUUCCACCACCAUGCCGACGACAUCCCAAUCUUCUCUCACCUCUGAAAACCUCACCUAUUACGUUUCCAAGCAGAACGACUUUGCAGUGGAGCGUCUGUCGGCUGCAUCCCGUCAAAAACCACCUGCAGCUGCUGCCACCGCCGCCAAUGGCGUCAGUGCUGCCAAACCGCCACCCGUUGCCCACAACAACGAUCAACUCUACAACGAGUGGCAGCAGAAAAUGGAAGAACGUGAGGCUCGCCGCCUCCAUAAAGUCGUCAAACUCAGCAACAAACCAAACAACGAUCCCCCUUCCCAAAACGGUGGUCCCGAACCCCCUCAAAUCCCUCCUCCACCCAAACCUCCCGCAAUCCCUCCUCGAAACCAACAACAGGAAGAAGAAGACAACGAGUUCCUCCGCACCGUCAAGGAACGUCGUCGGAAAUUCACCAUCCAAGACAAUUCCGUACCCCAAACCCCAACCUCCCUCAGCGCCCCAACUACCCCGCUCCUGAACCGGAAACCGAUCCCGAAGCACAUCGAGGCGGAGUUUGCCGAAUUUGCGGAACUUCGGCGUCGGCAGCAGGAGGAGGCGGCGGCCACUGAGGAGGCGGAGCAAUCGAAGCCCGUCGAAAGUCGUCAGCCCAUAAAGCCCGAUGCAUACAAGCCGAAUCAGCAACCGCAACCGAUUUCGCUUCCAGCAACAGCGCCAAUUAAAAAUGGAUCCAGUGUUGCCAAUAUCGAAAAUUCGGAGGAGGAACCCGUUAAGGUAAGCACCCUGAUCGAGGUGCACCAGCAAAAGCAACGUCAAUUGCUCCGUCAAGACAGUUACAAAAACGCCGUGAGCAGUGUUGCCAAUUCGACGGAAAACGUAUCUUCUCCUGAACGAAACGAAGACGACGAAGAGGAACCGAAGCCGAUCAGUGUCAGUGCCAAAUGCCAGGAGUUUGAGCGGCGUCUGCAACGCAGUGCCAGUGGUGAUGGCCGCAGACCCCUGGGAAGCAUGCCAACACCGGUUGCCUGCAACUUCAAAGCACCGGACAAUCCGAUACCACCGGCGCCACGCGAACCUCCGAAUCCUUACCAGGGCACCAGUGCUCCCAUCGUGCUGUCCGCUCCGCCAUCCUCAGCACCACCUAAGCCAGCUCGCAUUGGUAGCUAUUCCGAAGCGUUUGACUGUAACACCAGCGAGUUUGUAGUGAAUCGUAACGCCAACAGCCACUACUUCACUGACACUACUGAUACUACUAGCGCUAGCAAUUGUCAUGGUCGUCAUGGUAACCAACAACAACAACAACAACAUCAGUUACAACAACAAAGGCGAAGCUUUUCCGAAGCCGACCUACUGCAUGAGAUUGACCGGGCACUAGUGCUUGCUAAAGAUUUCUUGUUUUCCCGGGGUAACGUACCGUUAGCAGCAACAACAACAACAGCAGAAAUCAUAACCUCACAAACUAAUAUGAGAGAAUCAAACGUGUUCCUAGAUUGCUACAGCCAUUCCAAUCUGUGCUUUUCAUGUCGCUCGGUCUUUGUUUACCAGAGCCGGGACAAUCCGAGAACAUUCUUAGCAACGGCCAUUCCAAUCUGUGAUUUUCCUGUUGCUCCCCAAGCAACCCGAAUUCACUUGAAGCGGGCUCAUGAAGUUUAA